UGUCACAGCCUUCUCCAGACAGGGGCAAAGAUUCCCCAGGAACACUGGCCUCUCUGUUCCCUCUGCGGAUGCAGGUCAGGUGGGGGGAGAUGACCAAAGUCACUUUCAGGCACAAGUCACAUCACGCCAUCGGAAUCUCCUGCAGCUGCGCAGACCUUCUACCGUCAACUCCAGCGCCGGCGUCACACCAGGGUUUUCCGGCAGAUCUGCGCGGAUUUACUCGAUUUAUUUAUUUAAUUGCUCUUUAUAUAAUCCGCAUCGAGCCAAAACACACACACAAUCUGAUCGUCCUCUGCCUCUUCUGGCACCCAUGCUGCAAUAAGUCUUGCUGACAGAGCUGGAUCGGCAGUGCUGACCCACAGUGUGGUGGGCGUCUCACUUAUUAGACACAGCAGAGGACAGACAGUGGUGACAGCACAGCAACCACUUGCUCCACAUCAUCUUCCUCAGUCCUACGUCCCUUCAUCACAUUUGACAUGGCAGACCCCAGCCUCACGUCACCCUCCGGAACGCCGCUGCGCUCCCCCAACACCCCCCUCACCCUCUCCUUCCCUUUCCCAAGGGAGGGGAACAGGGCGUGGCAGGAAGGGAGGGAGCCCCCGCUUCCCCGGGACCUACCCAGCCCACUGCCGACCAAACGCAACCGCACCUAUUCAGCUACGGUCCGUGCUCACUCAGGUCCAGUUUUUAAGGGCGUAUGUAAGAACUUUUCCAGAUCACAAGGCCAUGGCUUCAUCCAACCAUCCCACGUUGGAGAAAACAUCUUUGUUCACAUCUCAGACAUUGAGGGGGAGUACGUUCCAGUUGAGGGAGACGAGGUGACAUACAAAGUGUGCCGAGUCCCCCCUAAGAACAUUAAGGUGCAGGCCGUGGAGGUGAAGCUCAUACAUCUCAACCCGGGGACCAAACACGAGACCUGGUCCGGACAGAUCAUCAGCUCGUAACGGAGAUCUGCUCCUGGUGGAUGGCGAGGCUCCGGGUCGGAUUGGUGGGAAUAGCAGAGGUGUUCCUGGGCUCUUAUAGACAUUUAUGUUAGUCUACUCUGUUUCAGUCAGAGCUGAUAUGAGGUUGUUACUAGUGCAGGCAGGUACUUAAUGAACAGAGCUGAUAUAUUCAGACCACAGCUACAAUAAGUUAUUCUGCCCGUGGGCUGAAUUUAACUAAUGCAAAGCAAAUCCUCUUUGUGUUAUUUAUGUUUACAGUGAUCACUAAAUUGAAGCUGGGACCAUAAAUUAACCAAACUGUGAAGUGCUGGGAGUUUUUGUGUCACUUUGUCCACUGUUAGUGUAAAAAAAAAACAACAAGAAAAACGAGGAAAAACAUUAAUCCUGCUGUGGUGCAGACUUCAGAGUGUGUUUGUGAGAGGAGACAAAGUGUUGUCAGUUUUACUUCCCCUCUUAGCAGUGGUUUCUCUGUUGUCUAUUGUACUUCGAAGUUUCCAGGGUCACGUUUGCAUGUAUUUAACACAGGCAACAGCAGAUGCAAAAGCAAGGGAUAGAAAGAUGGGAUAAGAUGGGUUAAUCAUGGAAAACAAGGGAAACUUUGAGGAUUUUAACAUCUGCUCCUAUAAUGGGAUCCCUCAGGUCCGCUUAAUGGUUUCGGAUCAGACAAAUGCAGGAAGGUUCAUUGUGUAGAUUAGAGAAGAACCGUGAAGGUUUAGAGUGAAAAUCGGGGUAAUUAUAGGAAUUUUUCCCAUUAUCUCCCAUCAUAGGAGAUUUGACCUUGAGCAGACCAGCCACUGACCUUUUCUAAACACAGAAAUUUUAAAUCAGUGGUGGUUCUCUGUAAAAACAGUCUGUCACUGAUUUACAGAUUCCUACUCUGCACUAAAUUAAAGAACUAUUACGUCUUUGGACGACUCUUGACAACAUUUGAAAAUCUCUUGUUCAAAGAAAUAUCUUUGAGAAUUUUUUACCUUUUGCUUUGUUUUAACAAAAAAGUCUUUGUUUCUCAGAAAUAUUGCUAAAAUAUAUUCUCAGAACAUCUCAUUCUCUUAAACCCAAUUUCAUAUAUAUAUAUAUAUAUAUAUAUAUAUAUAUUCACAACAAAGAAGGAUGCCCACCAUUCAUUGUCUGGACUACUAAAUGAACAGCAUUAAACUAAUUAGUGGCAUAACUGAUCUAACUUUAGUUUGAGUGCCUGGGCUGCCCCGUAAAGGAGUGGUGCCCUGGGCAGUGAGCCAGAUCGUCCAUAUAAAAAGCCAUCAUUAGCUGGUAGAAAGAAGCUGCACACAUUUUCCGUAGUAAUACAUAUAUUGUUCUGUUGGUGUGGAUAUUUGUUAAUUUGUGUGUGAAUCUAUAUUUGUAUUUGUCCUCAGAUUACACUCUUUACACUUAGUAUGUAAACUACAUGACUUACCGCAUUACAACAAACAUCACAGCUGUGGUUUUACUGGCAGUGAGUGAAAAGCAUGUGUCGAUGACCAGUUUAGGAAAUAUAGGAGUCUGUCUCACGAUAUCAUGUUUAAACCAACUCUUUACAUUCUAGUUAUUCAGGUUAAAUGUGAUACUGCAUGUCAUUUCUAUUACAAGUAUUCCAGACUCUGUUGCCAUCAUAUGUGUCUGUGUCACUGCCUGAAAGGGUGCUUUUAUCACUUCAACUGAGCCAUGAAGAAACAUUAAAGUGUGGUAAUGAUUUGAA